AAAACUAAACUUAAAAUUCCUACUAAAAUCUAAAUGGUCUACGUGAAAUGAAUCGCCGUUAUCAUUGGGCUUGGAGCGAGUUGCCGCCAGAAUUAUCGACGAUCCACGAGGUGGGCGUGUCCACCUGUGAAGCCUUCCUUGUGGUGGGCUUGAGCUGAAUUAGUUCUUCGAUAUUUGGACCGCCUUCAACCAAUUUCAUUCAGAAUUUGUUCAACGCCGGAGGUUCGAUUAAAGAAACAUGCGGCCAUGUACUGCUCCACUCGCCCCCUACGAAGCGCUGCUCGUUUUCUCAAGGCCUCCUGGAAAUCAAACCACGUAAGUUUCAGAGCUUUGAUUUCUUGUAAUCACGAGGAUUACGAAGAUGAUUCCAUCCAAUCCAGCCUUCAAAACGUUAGCCAAAACCAGAAUUUAUCAGACAAUGUCGACAUCCAAUUCCUGGUUCAAUUACUGCGAAAUGGGUCUCCUCCGACCCCUCAUAUUCUCAGUAAAACCAUAUCCGCCUGCACGAAAUCCGGCCUUCUGGACUUGGGAAUUCAAGUCCACUCAGCCAUUGUCAAGCUUGGUUUUUCUCUCAACCCUUAUAUUUCUAGUGCUCUUGUCGAUAUGUAUGGUAAAUGUUGGUCCAUGUCGAAGGCCCAGAAGGUGUUCGAUGAAAUGCAGUGUCCAAAUGUAGUCACUUGGAAUUCGUUGGUUACUGGUUAUUUGCAAGCAGGCUGUCCUUUAAUGGCAAUUACUUGGUUUUUAGAGAUGCUAAAGCAGGGGAUUGAACCCACCCCCUUCAGUUUAUCUGGUGUUCUUGUGGGCUGCUCUCAGUUACAAGCUGGAAAGCUUGGAACUCAACUACAUGGUGUUAGUUUGAAACUAAGGUUUUCGUCUAAUGUUGUUGUGGGUACAGGGUUAAUUGACAUGUACUCCAAGUGUUGCAAUCUCGAAGACUCGAGGAGAGUGUUCGAUAUAAUGUCGGAUAAAAACGUGUUUACUUGGACUUCAAUGAUCACUGGUUAUGCUUGGAAUCAGCAACCUCAUGAGGCAAUGGUUUUGAUGCGAGAAAUGCUGCAUCUGGAUCUUAAACCAAAUUAUAUGACUUAUAAUAGCUUGCUAAGUUCAUUUUCAUGUCCCCAUCAUUUUGAUCAAUGCAAGCAAAUUCAUUGCCGGGUAAUAGCGCAAGGGUUCGAGAGUAAUAACUAUAUAGCUGCUACCCUUGUUACUGCAUAUUCAGAAUGUUGCAGUAGCUUGGAAGACUAUAGGAAGGUUUGCUCAAACAUUAAAAUAUCAGAUCAGAUUUCAUGGAAUGCUGUUAUAGCUGGUUUUUCUAACUUGGGCAUAGGUGAGGAAGCUUUGGAAUGUUUCAUUCAAAUGAGGCGGGAAAAUAUUGAUGUAGACUUUUUCACGUUUACAAGCAUUUUUAGGGCCAUAGGGAUAGGUUCAGCUCUAGAAGAAGGAAAGCAAAUUCAUGGUCUAGUGUAUAAAACUGGAUAUGGCCUAAAUUUAUUCGUCCAAAAUGGUCUUGUAUCUAUGUAUGCUAGAUGUGGUGCUAUCAGUGAUUCAAAGAAAGUGUUCUCGACGAUGAACGAGCAUGACUUAAUAUCAUGGAAUACAUUGCUUUCAGGAUGUGCUUACCAUGGUUGUGGUGAAGAGGUCAUUAACUUGUUUGAGCAAAUGAGGAGGACAUCAGUCAAACCAGAUGAUACCUCCUUCCUUGCUGUGCUCACUGCUUGUAGUCAUGUGGGUUUGCUGGACAAGGGACUUGAAUAUUUCAACUUGAUGAGAAAUAGAUUGGUUGAACCUCCAAAACUGGAGCAUUACGCUACAGUAGUCGACCUUUUUGGUCGAGCGGGAAAUCUUCACGAAGCUGAAGCUUUCAUUGAAAACAUCCCUAUAGAACCAGGGAUAUCAAUUUACAAAGCUUUGCUGAGUGCUUGCCUAGUCCAUGGGAAUAAAGAUAUUGCCAUUCGGACUGCAAAAAAGCUUCUGGAACUAUAUCCACAUGACUCAGCUACUUACAUCAUGCUGUCAAAUGUGUUGGGGAGAGAUGGUUAUUGGGAUGAUGCUGCUAGGAUAAGGAGGCUAAUGUCCAAUAGAGGAGUCAAGAAAAACCCUGGUUUCAGUUGGAUGUGACUUCAAUAAAAGGAGAAUUUUCAGCAUAAAUUAUGUUCCUAGGAAGCAAAUGGUUCACAGUUUAAACCCUUCUCCAAUGGGGUUGAUGGCUAAACUUCCCCAACGAUCACUUUAAGAUUCUCCUAAGGUGUAUUUCUUAGAUCCCGGGACAAGGUUCAUCCGAUGCCUGCGAGUGUUACCUACGGUAAGGUCAAAGAGUGCUGGCACUUGGGUUAGUCCCUUUCUGGUGAUAAGAAUUCGACACAUACACGAUUCCUAGCUCUGUAUUCAUUCAAAACUCACUUAUUUGUGAUCGAUCAACUACAUGGGGGAUUUCACUUAUAGAAUCAUCACUUAGUCUAUGAGCCUCAUGCUGCCGUUAUUAAUGUCAAGACACAGAAGGAGA